CGUAUAUAAAAUUUUGGAUCUUCAAAGUGGAUUCUGAUCAAGCAUAUUGUGGCUCUCCGAUGCCGAUUCCCCGUCACUAUGUACAUCUGUACUUCCCGAGAGUGUUGACCGUCUGACGUCAUUAUCUAUCAAGGUUACGUCAAGCCAGCCAUCACACAAUUGUUCAUGGCUAGGAAAUGUUACUCUAUAAAUUAAUAUACGAAUACAGCUUUUGAUACGGGCAAUAACUCAUCAGCCGAUUCCACAGCUCCCUUAUACUACCAUAAAGCGCGCAAAAAUGACCAACAAUAUCCUGAUAGUCGGUGCGACGAGAGGGCUAGGCGCCUCACUCAAGAGUAUCUACGCAUCGAAGCCAUCGACGAAUGUCUUCGCAACGACACGAUCAAAUCCGCCAUCUGACUCCGAGCACAACGUUUCUUGGGUUCCAAAUGUCGAUGUCUCACAUCCCGACGUGGGCCAGACCCUUGUGAAACAACUACCAUCACCACUUAAGCUAUCGACGGUGAUAAUCACAGCAGGGUACUUUGGCUUCGAGUCAUUCGACAGCCCAGACUGGGAGAAGCAGGUCAAGAUGUACACGACAUCAGCCAUCGGGCCGGUAUUCGUUGUCCAGAAUCUCGUCAAGGCAGAACUCCUCGACAAAGGCAGCAAGGUGAUACUGGUCAGUAGUGAAUCAGGGAGUAUCACACUGCGGCAUGAAAAAGAGGGUGGAGGAAACUAUGGCCACCAUGCGAGCAAAUCUGCCCUGAACAUGGUAGGGAAGCUGCUCAGCUUGGAUCUCAAGGACAAAGGCAUUGCUGUUGGUCUGGUCCAUCCGGGGUUCAUGCGCACGGAGAUGACCAAGAGUGUUGGGUUCGAUAAAUAUUGGGAUGCAGGUGGGGCUGUCACCCCUGACGAAGCAGGUCGUUCUCUUGCAUCGUUCAUUGAGACAUUCGAUAUCAGUAAGACGGGCCAAUUCUGGGCACCACGGGGUCCUGGGGAUAUUGGUACUGCCGAGCCAGUUUUGGGAUCGAAUUUGCCAACUCCGUUGCAGCUACCGUGGUAAUGGUUUGAUGUGCGGAGUAAAAACAGGUCAAUAUACCGUUGUGACUGAACGAUUCCAAAUCAAUGAUUGAUAUAGGAAAGAAAAAAAUAAAAAAGAUAGUGCAUCAUCCGUGAAUCGAACACGGGCCUCAUCGAUGGCAACGAUGAAUUCUACCACUAGACCAAUGAUGCUUGCUUGAUGUAAGAUGCUUCGAUUAUAUAGUAUUGGAGCAGUAAUUCUAUUGUGAUAAUACAAAGCCACAAUUUGAGGCAUUGAUGCUGAAUAUACACUAAUCGUAUAACCAGUGACUCGAGGCAAGAAGGCGAGUGGGAUCAGCCUCGUCCUAGAAUAGGGAAGCCAGAUAAGAUAUGGACAGGAACGAAAAGCAUUUCUCAAGCGACCUGGAAACCAUGUACGAACGAC